AUGGUUUCAUUUCUUCACACACUUCUAUCCUUUCCUCUAUUGCUACUAUUCCUCUUCAUGAUAUACAAAACCAUUGUUAAAAACUCAUCAACCCUUCCAAAGGGUCCAAAAGGCCUACCCAUAAUUGGCAAUCUACAUCAACUUGACACUUCAAAUAUCCAUUUUCAAUUUUGGAAUCUCUCAAAAAUUUAUGGCCCUUUUUUCUCCCUUCAAAUUGGUUUAAAACAAUCAAUUGUUAUUUCAACACCUAAACUAGCUCAACAAAUUCUCAAAGACCAUGACCUUGAUGUAUGUAGUAGACCUCUAUCAUAUGGUUCACAAAUAAUUUCUUACAAUGGCUUAGAUAUGCUAUUUUCACCAUACAAUAAUUGUUGGAAAGAGAUAAGAAAAAUUUGUGUAUUUCAUUUUUUUAGAUCAAAAAAAGUUUCAACCUUUUCACAUGUGAGAAAAUAUGAGGUCAAAGAAAUGAUGAAAAAAAUAUAUGAUAAUGUUUCAAUUUCUAAAAUUUCAAACCUUAGUGAGAUUAUAAUGUUGGUCUCAAGCUCUAUAGUAUGUAGAAUUGCUUUUGGAAAAAGUUGUGAACAUGAAGGAAGUGAAAAAAGUAGGUUUCAUGGUUUAUUAGUUGAGGCACAAGCUAUUUCUCUUCCAUUUUUUGUUUCGGAUUAUAUUCCUUUUAUGGGGUGGAUUGAUAAACUCAAAGGGUCAGUUUCUCGUGUUAACAACACUUUCAAAGAUUUGGAUGUGUUCUUUGAAGAAGUGCUUAAGGAGCAUCUUAAUCCUAAUAAUAUGAAGAAAGAGGAAGAGAAGGAUAUAGUUGAUGUGUUGCUUGAGUUAAAGAAAUUGGGUUCUUUCUCAAUUGAUUUAACCAAUGAUCAUAUCAAAGCGGUUCUUAUGAACCUAUUUGUAGCAGCUAUUGACACAAGUGCAGCCACAUCAAUUUGGGUGAUGACUGGAUUAAUGAAGAAUCCAAGAGUAAUGAAAAAAGCUCAAGAAGAAGUUAGAAACCUAUGUGGCAAAAAAGAAUUUGUAGAUAAAGAUGAUAUUGAAAAACUUGUAUAUCUCAAAGCAGUUAUAAAAGAGACACUAAGGUUCUAUGCACCAGUGCCAUUAAUACCAAGAGAGACUAAUAAAAGUUUCAAUGUAAAUGGUUAUAAAAUUGAGCCAAAGACAUUAGUGUAUGUGAACAUUUGGGCCAUUCAUAGGGAUCCCGAAACGUGGAAAGAUCCAGAAAAGUUUUAUCCAAAGAGAAUCAUUGAAGGGUUACCUGGACUUGUUAGACACAAAAAGAAUCAUCUUUGCUUUAUUGCUAAAAAUCACAUAUGA